AUAUACAUGACGUCGACUGAGAAAAGCUGGUCAAAGUUUGUAAUUUGCAUGUUUCUUCAAAAUAUUGCUACAAAAAAUGAAAUAUUUCAGGUUGUGGUGGGGAAAAAGGUUGAACUUGGAUAGCUUGAUAUAGUUUUUAGGAGUAAGAAGGUUACUUCCAGUUACUGUAGCUUUAUAAAAUGAGCCAGGAACAGUCUAGAAAUGGAAUCAAUAUUGUACAAGGUGAAAUGUCUCUUGUGGUGUCGGCAAUGCGAAGAAAUGCUCGCUGGUCGUCACAUAGCCAUCAGGACGAAGAGCAAGAUCCAUUGCUCCACAGUUUUUCACAGUUAAAAGAACUCCUCGGCAAUGUCAAAGAUCUUCAAGAUGUUGAUGUCAUUGCCAUUUUGGGACCAUUUCUUGAUGUCAUUAGAUCGGAAGAUACUACAGGACCAAUAACAGGCUUUGCCUUAUCAGCAGUCAACAAAUUCUUGUGUUAUGGACUUAUUGAUCCGACCUCAGAUAGUACGCCUUCAGGUAUUGAAAGUCUUGCAGAUGCAGUGACACAUGCACGAUUUGUUGGAACUGAUCCUAGCAGUGAUGAAGUGGUAUUGAUGAAGAUCUUACAAGUUUUGCGAACACUUUUACUUACACCUGUUGGAGCACAUCUCACUAAUGAGUCUGUGUGUGAAAUAAUGCAAUCUUGCUUCAGGAUUUGCUUUGAACUCAGACUGAGUGAACUGUUGAGAAAGACAGCAGAGCAAACAUUAAUGGAUAUGGUGCAACUAUUGGCUUCAAGGCUGCCCCAGUUGAAAGAAGAAGAAGAGAAAUCGGGAAACAAUUUACCAAAUAUUAGAAGAGUAUUUAAGCGUUCAGGGGGGAUAUCAAAACGUACCAAGAGAUCGCCACGACCAAAACGAGCUAAUGUAGUAUCCUCGCCUGCCGUUGAUAUACCGACAUCAGAUUCUAGCUCAACAGCUUCCACCAAUCAGACUGUAGAAUCUCCAUCAGCACAAACCAAUGAUAUUUCUACUACCAAACGCGUCAAGGAAUUAACUCUUCCUGAAAGCAACAUACCGCCAUCAUCUGAAAAAGUAACUCCACCUCGUGAAGAAAUGACCCUUGACUUAAAUGUUUCAAAUACUCCCAAUGACCUUGAAAAGGAUAAAGAAGGCCAUGACCGUUCGAAACCUAUUAAAGAUGAUGCAUCAACUCCGACAUGUGAUUCGGUUGCCUCUCACGUCAUGACAGAUCCACUGGAAGGAGAAAUAGGAAAUGAAGACGAUAAGGAACGAUGUGCUAGCGAUGUUGCUACAGAAGAGGAGUGUCCACUAGAGCAUGCUACAUCCAGUGAAACUAUAGAUCAGGAAGAACCAGUAAACGAAAGUAAUGAUACACAGACGAUAGCAACACGCGAAGAAUAUAUCAGCUCGAAAGGCGUGAGAUUUACUCCUCCAGAUGUACAUAAAGAAGAACAUGGUCCUCUUGUGCCGUAUGGUCUUCCCUGUGUACGUGAAUUGCUGCGAUUUCUCAUUUCUUUAGUGAAUCCUUUCGACAGACAUAACUCAGAAACUAUGGUCCAUAUUGGUCUAUCUCUACUGACAGUUGCUCUGGAGUCAGGCGCAGCACAUAUUGGCGUGUUUCCAUCACUUAUGAACUUGGCUUCUGAUGAGUUGUGUAAGAAUGUCUUCAUGCUUUUACAAUGCGAGGUUCAUUCAUUAUUUGCAAUGGCUUUGAGAGUAUGUUUCUUAUUGUUUGAAGCAUUGAGAGGACAUUUAAAAUUACAACUUGAGUCUUAUUUCACACGUUUGUUGGAAGUUCUAUCGCUUGAUCAUCAAAAUUUACCAUAUGAGAAGAGAGAAUUAAUCUUGGACAAUAUCAAUCAACUAUUUCACAUUCCUAACCUCGUCUCCGAACUUUAUGUCAACUUUGAUUGUGAUCUUUACUGCGAUAAUAUAUUUGAAGAUCUCUGUAAAUCUCUAUCUAAGAAUGCAUUUCCAGCAGGUAGUCUGACUACAGUGAAUGUUCCCGCCCUUGACGCUUUACUACAAGUUGUAAACGUCAUCGAGGCUCAUUGUUAUCCUACAUUACCCCUACAUUCAUCACCGAAAUCUAUAAAAUCUAAGACAAGCAGCAAAGCAGGUGAUGACGACUCUGGUACGGAUGAAAACAGUGACACUCCCCCCUUCUCACCCACGCCACCGCCUUCCUCUGGUUUUCUUAUGGCAAAAAAGAUGAAGAUUGGGUGUAGUAUGGACCCCAUAACCACCGCCUUUGGUACGGAUGGUGAUAACAUGGGUCUUGAUGACAAUCUAUCGCACUCCUCUGCUCUUGCUGUAAUGUUUGCAUCGUCCAUUCCUACUCCAGAUGAUCUUCAAAAACUUAAGAAGAAGAAAAAGCUUCUACAAACUGGUUCGGAGCAGUUUAAUACUAAAGCCAAGAAAGGUAUCGAGUUUCUCCAGGAACACGGCUUUCUCACAAGACCAAUUGAUCCGGUUCAAUUAGCCAAUCAUCUUCGAGAAAAUAUUAGAUUAGAUAAAAAAGCAAUCGGUGACUACAUUGGGGAUAAAAAGAACAAAAAGGUUCUGGAGGCGUUUGUAUGCUCUUUUCAGUUUACCGAACUCAGAAUUGACGAGGCUUUACGAAGUUUUCUCGAGACAUUCCGUCUACCUGGCGAAGCUCCAGUUAUUCAGCACAUUUUAGAGCAAUUCAGUGAAGGCUAUUAUGCGUCACAUUCUGAUGUAUUUGCUAAUGCUGAUGCAGCAUUUACUCUUGCUUACGCCAUAAUUAUGUUGAACGUUGAUCAACAUAAUGCCAAUAUGAAACAACAGAAACCAAUGAUUGCUGAGGAGUUUAAGAAGAAUUUAAGACGUUGCAAUGGUAAAGGAGACUAUCCUGCUGAAUUGUUGGAUGAAAUUUAUCAAGCCAUAAGGAAUGAAGAAAUUGUAAUGCCUUCUGAACGAUCUGGUCGAAUCAAGGAAGACUAUGAUUGGAAAGUUUUACUACGUCGAAGUGCGAAACCAGAGGGGAAAUAUUUGCUUGUAUCUGGCAGUACAUUUGAUCAAGAUUUAUUUUCAAUAACCUGGGGACCAACAGUUGCUGCACUUUCCUCAGUUUAUGAUAACUGUCUCGAGAAAAGUGUCGUACAAAAAGCAAUCAAUGGUUUCAGGAAAUGUGCACUGAUAUCAGCACACUUUUGCUUCUGUGAUGUCUUUGAUAAUCUUGUGAUAUCACUCUGUAAAUUUACGACGCUUCUGAAUGCCCCGGAGGCUGGAGAAAAUCUUCUGCUUUCCUUUGGUAUGAAUCUGAAGGCUCAGCUUGCUGCUCGUACCAUGUUUUCUCUCGCGUAUCGUCAUGGUGAUAUUCUGCGUGAAGGCUGGAAAAACAUCUUGGAAUGUAUAUUACAGUUAUUCAGAGCCAAAAUGUUGCCUGCGUCAAUGGUGGAGGUUGAAGAUUUUGUUGAUCAAAGUGGAAAGAUAUGUUUAAUACGGGAGGAGCUGCCAGUAGCAAGGCAAGAUUCAUCUAUUUUCUCAUCAUUUUAUCAAUUGUUUCAAAUGAACUCUGAACAAUCAAACGGCAAAAAUCAAAGCAGUGAACACAAAGAAACAGAGGAGAAGGCAAUUGCUUGUAUCAAGGAGUGUCGUCCCGAGUUACUUAUUGUCGAAAGCAAAUUUCUUCGCUCUGAUUCAUUGCAUGAACUAGUAAAGGCUUUGAUAUAUGCAUCACAAGGACCCGAGAAACGAGACAACAUGAACUCUGUGUUUGACGAAGAUUCGAAUGUUUUUUUCCUUGAACAGUUAGUCAGUUUGACUUUGCAGAAUAGAGAUCGUGUUUCACUACUUUGGGUGAAUGUACGGGACCAUCUCUCCAGUAUAAUUAUAAAUACGACCAAAUACAGUUUCAUCCUGGAGAGAGCAGUUGUUGGUCUUUUACGUUUGGCAGUCCGUCUUUUACGUAAGGAAGACAUCUCUUGCCAAGUACUUGGGGCGCUGCGCGUCUUACUUAUGAUGCCGCUGACAUUACUUCAGGCAUGCGGACGUCAUAUUUCAUACGGCCUACACGAGUUACUUCGAACUAACGCUGCAAGCAUUCGAACAGCCGAUGAUUGGACAACAAUAUUUACGUUGUUGGAGUGUGUUGGGGCUGGAGUAUGCCCACCGACAAUCACCCCAGGUCCCUCUUCAUCUUUUGUUGCUGUGAACAACGAGGGAGUCGAAGAGGAGUUGAAGGAGAGCGAAACUUCUGAUGGAAAUACAAGUAAAGUUUUGUCCACUAGUAGCGAGAGUGUAGCAAAUAUCAAUAAUGGUGACUCGUGGCUAUUGAUAGGCAAAGAUGGUACUGAAGUGUCCUCAAAAAAUCAAUAUAAUUUAACUAUGAACGAGACUUUAGGUAAACAUGACAGUCGCUCCUUUGUGAAAUCAUGUCAGAGUUUGGCAUUCAUAUUGCGGGAAGGCAAACAUGUUUCAAACGAAAACUUUAUACGUUGUGUUCACGCUGUGCGUGUUUUUGGCGAAGCCCUUGUCGACGGUGGACUUGGGAAAAGAAUUGUGGAACGUGUUGCGACUGAAGAACGUCGAGGUAGUUCGUCGAAACAAACUAAACGAGCUAAUGGGAAGCAGAAAAAAGUGACAGGUAGUGGCAGUAAAAACCGCGGCAAAGGUAUUAAGUCACAAAAUUCGUGCGUCAGCGAAGAUGAAGUGGAAAGAUAUGAGACAAUAAAUCAAACAUAUGACGCUAUGUCAUUGCAAUUAAUAGAACUUAUCUAUUCAUUACAUACCUAUGCAUCCAAAUAUUUCCCUGAAAAGACCACUCGUGCAAAUCAGGGUGAUGAUGUUCUUGAAGCAUGUUUGCUAUGGACGAAGUGUUGGUGCCCACUCCUUCAAGGGAUUGCGCAACUUUGCUGUGACGUCAGACGAGAAGUGCGCAUGUCUGCGUUGACUUAUCUCCAGAGAGCAUUACUGAUUCCCGAUCUACACACGUUAGGUGCUUUGGAGUGGGAAGGAUGUUUCAAUAAGGUGUUAUUUCCAAUGCUCUCCAAACUACUCAAUGUGAACAAUCAAAGCGAUGCUAUUGGCUUGGAGGAGACAAGAAUGCGAGCAGCAACAUUAUUGAGCAAGGUUUUCUUGCAACAUUUGAAUAUUUUGUUGACACUCUCGACAUUUACUGCCUUAUGGCUGACAAUUCUCGAUUUCAUGGACAAGUAUAUGAAUGCGGACGAAAGUGAUAUUUUGUCUGAAGCAAUUCCCGAGUCUCUUAAAAAUAUGCUUUUGGUGAUGUCGACCGCUGGUAUUUUCCACACCGACGAUUCCGAGUCGAGUGUAACAACCGCUGACCGUAACUAUACUGCGCUGUGGCAAGUGACCUGGGAACGAAUUGAUUGUUUUCUGCCAAAUUUGAAGCGAGAUUUGUUCCUCAACAGAACUCAUGGACAUUCUCCAACGACUUCUAAUCUACGACGGAAGCCUUCUGACGGAGAAGAAUUAAUCCAAGCAAGUCCUGCGAAAAGUGUGGAGGACGUUGUGUCGGACGACAUCGAGAAUGUACAGACAAUACAAGAUCCUUCUAGCAUCAUCAUGCCACGUGCAAGCUCACCUCUCUUGAAAAAUAGCGAUGAAUCUCCCUCUCAUGUAUGCGUGGUGCUACAACCUCCUCUUCCUUCGUUAGCUGGUAGUCGGAAUUCAUCACCCACGCAAAAGGGAUCUUUAUCCGAUGUUGCACAAACCCCACUUUCAUCGAUGCCCAUCAUUCUCGCUCCCAGUCCACACACCAUUCUUCCCAUGUCAAUGGAAAACGAACCUGAGAUUUCCAACAGUGUUAAUAUGCAUUCUUCGAAAAUGGACAUCGUUGAAGAUUCGGGAAGUGUCGAGAAAGUGUCGGACAUACGCGAUGUUUAGGGUGAUGAUGAAUAUAGAUAGUGCACGUUAUUAAAGCCAGCUUUAAAGGUGGAGUAAGGAAAACAGAAAUCAUUGACAUGUAUAAAUUGAACUACAUGUGAUAAUGGGUGUUUUACGUAGUCAAUGACAAACAUAUUUUUGAAAUGUCUUCUCAACAUUGCAGUAAAUUGUAGACCUUAUAAACAUACUAUGUAGACGAAAGAUGUUUUCGUUUUGUUUUGUUUUUUUGCCCACAGAUUAUGAUUCCACCGCGCUUCGUAAUUUGACGGUUUUUGUAAUCUAUGGGCAAGAAACUAAACAAAAAAAUCUUGAACUGCACGUGAAAACUUUUUCAAACAAACAUAAUAAAUUAAAUCAUAAUGUCAUUACCAUUUAAAUGUAUAAGAUUUCCUCCCUUUGUGUUCAA